AAACCCUAGGUCUGGCGCCUCUUUGCGACUGGCAAUUGUACUUCUCAAGAUAGUCCUCGAUCACAUACCCACUCAGCCACGGAAUAAAGACACAAUCAACAGACAGAACAUAUCAGGACGAUAAGCACAGCUCUUCACACACCAGGCCGAGAGGUAUUCCAAGAUGGCCGAGCCAGAAAUUGUGCCUGUCACCGAGUGGCCGGACUGGCAUGCCAAUCCCAAAGGAGGUGAUCCCUUCACGCAGAACCUGAACGCGCCCUAUGACAAGGGCAAUCUUUGUUGGAUGCUCGUAUGCACUGCCCUAUGCUGGCAAAUCACCCCGGCCAUCGGCUUCCUCUAUGCCGGAAUGCACCGCAGGAAGGCGGCUCUGACUAUGGUCCUCCAAAGUCUCUUCUGUGCUUGCGCUUGCGGAAUCCAGUUCUGGGUAUACGGUUACUCUCUGUACCAGGCACGAACAACAAACCCCAUCCUCGGAGACUUGUCGUUGGCCGUGUUUCGAAACGUGCUUGCUCAGCCAUCCAUGGCCAACUCGGAUAUUCCUGAUAUUCUGUAUGCUGCCUUUGGUUUUACCUUUGUUUCCUGCACUGCCAUGAUCUUGGCCGGAGCCAUGCUUGAACGUGGCAGGCUGUUGCCCAGUAUGCUUUUCCUCCUCUGCUGGACUACUUUUGUCUACUACUUCAUUGCAUAUUGGGAGUGGAACCCUAGCGGAUGGUUAUACAAACUCGGUGUCUACGACUUUGCCGGCUCCGGUCCUGUUCACAUCGCCAGCGGCUUCGGUGCCCUUGCCUGGUCCCUGAUGCUCGGUCCGCGUGUCGCCGACUCGGACGUCGUUGACCGUAAGAAACUCGUUCACCACAAGCCCCACAGUCCGCUGUUGAUGUGCCUCGGAACUGUCUUCAUCUGGUUUGGCUGGUUCGCCUUCAAUGGCGGCAGUGCACCCAACCUCAGCCUGCGGUCCAUCUACGCCAUUGUCAACACGAACCUGGCAGGGUGCGGAGGGGGCGUCGGUUGGGUCUUGAUCGACUAUCUCUACAAGAGAAAGUUCAGCUUGGUUGGCUUUUGCUCGGGUAUUAUUGCGGGCUUGGUCGGAAUUACCCCUGCAGCGGGUUAUGUCCCCGUCUACGUAGCCUCGCUCAUCGGCUUCCUCACCUCCGCCACCUGCUACUACGCCGCCAAGUACAAACACCUCCUCUCUGUUGAUGACGGUCUCGACAUUUUUGCCAUUCACGGCGUGGGCGGUUACGUCGGUGAUCUUUUGACGGGCAUCUUUGCCGACAACUUUGUUCCCGCUCUAGAUGGCUAUUCAGGCAGCUCCUAUGCAGGUGGCUGGUGGAACCGCAACUUCCGCCAGCUUGGACUUCAGUUCGCCGGCGCAACCACUGCCGCAGCCUGGUCCUUUGUGGUGUCGUGCAUCUUGCUGUUCAUCAUCAACAAGAUUCCCGGCUUGCAUCUACGCGCGAGUGAGGAUUCGGAGAUCAGGGGCUUGGAUAUCAAGUACUUGGAGGAUGUCGAUGAGGAGGGGUUUUACAUGAACGAGUGUAUACUGCAUGGGCGUACUCCGCCGAGGUGUUCUGGGUCUUUGAAGGCUCCCACGUCGGUUACGGAGCCGGUUGGUGUUGAAGGAGGUGAAAAGAGGGAUUAG